AUGACUAAUAUUGAAAGUGAUGAGUUCAGUAUAAUUACUGAAGGAAAAGCUAGUAUAUUAUUUCCAAAAGAUAAUGCGGUAUUUUAUAACAAUGUACAACAAUUUAAUAGGGAUAUGUCAGUUGCUGCAAUAAGAACUUGGAGUGAAAUUUAUUUAGAAGAAAAAGAAAAAAAAGCACGUAAAAAACAUGAAACUGGCACAUCAAUAGCAAAGUCAAAGUUUACCAUUUUAGAGGCCUUGGCAGCAAGUGGCUUAAGAUCGAUUCGCUAUGCUAAGGAAAUACCCAACAUCGAUUAUAUAGUAGUCAAUGAUUUGGAUGUAGAUGCUGUUAAUUCAAUUAAUAGAAAUGUGGAAUAUAAUGAAUUGAGUAAAGAAUUGGUCAGAGCAAACCAAGGUGAUGCAUGUUCCUUUAUGUAUCAGCAUCGAGAAUAUCAUAAUCGAUUUGAUGUCGUCGAUAUUGAUCCAUAUGGAACAGCCGCACCAUUUCUAGACGCGGCAGUACAGUCUGUACAAAAUGGAGGCCUGCUUUGCAUUACUUGCACCGAUUUGGCGGUUCUAACCGGCUCAACUUAUCCCGAAAAAUGUUAUGCAAAUUAUGGAUCGAUACCUGUUAGGGGAGAAUUUUGCCAUGAAAUGGCUUUGAGAAUUCUUCUUAAUGCAUUAUCGACUUGUGCAGCGAGAUAUCAAAGACAAAUCAUGCCUUUGGUGUCAUGUAGUAUAGAUUUUUAUAUUAGGGUAUUUGUUCGUAUUGUAGUCUCAGCUGCUGAAGUAAAGAAAAAUUGCUGUAAAGCGUCAUAUGUAUACUUAUGUUCAGGCUGCAAAUCAUUUUAUUUACAGCCAUUAGCUAAGAUGACAGAAAAAAAUUUUGUACCGAUGGUUGGACCUAUUGUCAAUAGCAAAUGUAAACAAUGUGAAAAUAAAUUUCAUGUUGGGGGUCCUUUAUGGAACUCUUCCAUGCAUGAUAAGGAAUUUGUUCAAAGAAUGCUUACGCAUGUAAAAAAUUCAAAUAAGGACGUGUAUGGCACCCAUGCACGUAUGUUAGGAAUGUUAACAGUUAUUUCAGAGGAAAUAGAUGUUCCACUCUUUCAUAGUAUUUCAUUGCUUUCAAGAUAUAAAGUAUCAGCAUCGCAUGUAAUGGCAGGUUCAGUAAAAACUGAUGCUCCAAUGGAUGUAAUUUGGGACGUAAUGAGAUCAUGGGUAAAACUUCAUCCUGUUACAAUGAGGAAUAUUGCAGAGAAUUCACCCGCAAGAAAGUUAUUAGCAGUUGAACCAAGUUUUAUUGCAGAUUUUAAAAUACAUAAAGAUGCCGAAUCUCCUUCAAGAAAAGUUAAGUUGGUAAGAUAUCAACAAAAUCCUGAAAAGAAUUGGGGCCCUAAACCUAGAGCUUCUGGAAAACGCAAACUAGAAGUUGAUAACUCAGAACAUCAAUCUGCCAAAAAACCUUGA